AUGGCCUCCCUGCACACCUUUUCCAAGAGCUUCCCAGGAUGGGUUUUCUUCUGCUGUUGUUGCUGUCUCCCUCUUCUUCUCACCAGCUCUCUCCCUCUGAAAGGGGCUUCCACUGCCCAUCAUGCCUGCAGGCUUAGGAAGAUCAACUUCCAGCAGCCCUACAUCAGGAAUCGCACCUACACCUUGGCUAAAACGGCCAGUGCCUCAGACAAGGACACGGACAACAGAUUGAUUGGGCAGCAGCUCUUUGUUAACAUCAGGGAAAACAACCACUGCUACAUGAUGAAGAGGGUUGUGGAGCUCGUAGUGAAAGAUGUUCUCCUCACUGAAGUCAAGAGCCAGUACCCUUAUGUUGAGGAGGUGGCACAGUUCUUGGCAUCGCUGGCCUCAGAGCUGAGCAGUUGUCAAUUCUCAGGAAAGAGAGACCACAUUGAAAAGAACCUGGAACAAAUGAAGAACAAAAUGGAACAGUUGGGAGCAAAUGGAAAGACUAAAGCCAUUGGAGAGCUGGAUUUACUGUUUGACUACAUGGAAAAUGCCUGUACUGAUGCCCCAAAGAAGGGAGGGAACAAGAAGAAAAACUGA